AUGGUGGACGAGGGUAUUGUUUUGGGCCACAAAAUUUCCAAACAAGGCAUAGAGGUUGACCGGGCAAAUAUCGAGAUCAUCUCCAAGCUUCCUCCACCUACUUCAGUAAAAGGUGUCCGAAGUUUUUUGGGGCACGCCAACUUCUAUAGGUGUUUCAUCAAGGACUUCUACAAAAUUGUAAAUCCCAUGUGCAAACUCCUAGAAAAAGAUGCAAAGUUCAUAUUUGAUGAGAAGUGUCUCAAAGCCUUUGAGGAAUUGAAAGAAAAGCUCACCACGACACCUAUUAUUGUCACACCUGAUUGGUCUCUUCCAUUUCAACUCAUGUGUGACGCUCGUGGUGUAGCUAUUGGGUCGGUGCUUGGACAACGUCAUAGCAAGAUCCUUCACCCUGUCUAA